GGGGGCUUGAGUUUUAUUAUUGCAGGAUUAGAAAGCAUUAUUCCAAUAUGGAGGAACCAGGUCGCAGGUCUACUACAGUGUAGACUCCUACGCCUCGAGUCUUCCCCUGCAGUUCAUUGGUCCAGGCAGCAGGUUCAGCACCACGCAGGGUGAACAGCGCCUCUCAGCCCUUCCAUCGGUCCAGGAUGCAGGGGAAGCUGCUCAGCACCAUCACACCGGGUUCCUUCCGUUUUUACUCUGCAUGACAUCUUUUUAUCCAUCCAUAGGAAGCCUUUACACAGGAAGCAGAUUCGUUUUUAUCAUCUUGUAUCGCGGAUGUUCGGGUGCUUCACAGAUAACGUUCAUUUCGCCUGGUCUGCUUUGCUUCGGGUCGAAAGGCAUGACGGAAUCCACUGACACCAUCGCUCGGGUUCUGUCCAGCUGCUUCAUCUUCUCAUGCCCGAAGCCGCAGUCGCCAACACAGCUGCUGCCGCUCGAUCACCGGGUCUCUCAGCCGGCGCCCAGCUUCCAGUCGCUCCCCAAAGCCCUCUUAUGACAUGACAGCUCCGGGCAGGAGGACCAGGAUCAAAUGUUGCGGACUGGGGUUGAUGAAGCAAAUCCUCAAGGAAAGGGUACAGAGACUAAGAGUUAUUCUCUAAAAGUGUUCAACCCUUCUGAUUUGGAGCCUCCAGGAGUCAGAAAGUCAAUGUAAUCAUUAUUCUAAUACCUCCAGCGUGGUGACACACACCUCUGCCUCCCAGUCUCAUCUGAUGUACGGCCUCAUAGUGUUGGUACUGGUCGAGUCCCAGCAAGCUGCGCGCUUCCCCGGGCCUGUGAGGUUCUCCUUCUCCUGCACAGUCAUGGGCUGCAUUCAGAGCAUUGCCUGCAACAAGUCGCGAAUCAAACGAGAGAACAUCUUGGUGCACGACCUGUCAGCCACAAUAGACCACUGUCCGACAGUCAUUGAAGAAAACUCCCCCAUUGUGCUGCGAUAUAAGACGCCCUACUUUAAAGCCGCUGCGCGGAUUGUCAUGCCUCCUAUUCCGCGCAACGAGACUUGGGUAGUAGGCUGGAUCCAGGCGUGCACUCAGAUGGAGUUUUACAACACCUACGGAGACAUCGGCAUGUCAAGCUGGGAGCUGCCUCAGCUGAGAGAAGGUCUGGUUAGGGCCAUUAGCGACUCGGAUGGCAUCAGCUACCCCUGGUAUGGAAACACAACAGAGACCGUCACCAUAGUUGGCCCCACCUCUAAGCCGUCGCGCUUCACCGUCAGCAUGAACGAUAACUUUUACCCGAGCGUCACCUGGGCGGUACCGGUCAGUGAGUCCAACACACCCUUAUUGACCAACAUCAAGAGGGACCAGAGUUUCACCACCUGGCUGGUGGCAUUAAACACCACGUCUAAGGAGAAGAUCCUGCUGCACACCAUCAAGUGGAGGAUGAGGGUGGACAUUGUGGUGGAUCCAUCCCAGCCUCUUGGCUCCAGAGCAAGGCUGGUGGGUCGGUUGUACCAGGAGCAGCCACGAGUUCUGAACCGCAUGGAGCCCGUCCCUCCAAACGCCAUGGGGAAGCCAAACGCCAACGACGCCCAGGUUCUGAUGUGGAGGCCAAGGAGAGGUCCCCCGCUUGUUGUCAUCCCGCCGAAAUAGAGCAAGGGCUGGUUUCUUACUAAUGUUUCUGCUUAAAAGUGACAAUGAGCCACAGAUGAGUAAGACGAUGAUGGAGAGGAUUUAACUGAUGAAGAGUGGACAGCUGCCUUAAUUCCCCACCGCUGCCUUUGACCAUCCAGAAGGUUUCAGCCUCUGCCUCUGGUGCUGCUGAACUUUGAGAGUAUACAUAUGUUCCCUCCCUCAUAGCACAUCUGAGAGGAGUGCUGUUUAACUCUGAGAAAACACCAUCAGUGCUGGGAUGUAACUUUAAUCUCUGAUGUAGCUCCUCAGGCUCAGGAGGACACGACCAAGCCUUGAUCUAGGCAGUUAUUUAAAAAAAAAAAAGGUUUACAGCCUUAAAGCUCCAAA